AUGAGACUCCACUCCCUCCUCUCUGUGCUCCUCUUCUUUGUGACUGUGAUACCAAAAGCCAGCGCGGGCAUGGUCCCGGGGAAGAAGCAGUGCGUCCUCCUGAACGGCGUGUGCAAGCUGGGCGGCUGCAGCACCUCGGACGACACCAUAGGGGUGUGCAGCGAUGACAAGAAAUGCUGUCGAAGCUGGUGGGUGCUGUACCCCUACCCGACGCCGGUUCCCAAGUCGAAGUCUCCUUGA